AUGGCGCAAAGGCAUCGGUGGCUAAACAGGUCUCCUGAUGUCAAUAACUUUGCAAUACAUCCGGGAAUUAGACACAGAUCUAGGCUAUAUACAAGCCCUGAGCCUUAUAUGCAGCCUCAAUCAAUGUAUCCAGAAGCGCAAUUCAAAACGGUUAAAAAUAAAUUUACUGCUCAUGAUCAACUGCUAAUGCAAUUAAAUGACUUACGAAACCUAUUUACAAAGCAACUUCCUAAUAUGGGCGCUUCUUACAUCACAAGAUUGGUUUUUGAUUUGUAUGCGGAAUCUGUCAUGAUGCUUCAUCAAGGAGUUGUCACUGCAGGUAUAUGCUCAAGAUUCUUCGAUGAAGCCCAGUUUGUUGAGAUCGCUUUCCUUGCUGUUGAUGCAAAUUCUCAAGCUUGUGGCUAUGGUCGAUUAAUCAUGAACUUUUUGAAAACUUUACUUCAAACAUAUGAAAUAUAUGAUAUAUUGACAUGCGCAGAUAACGAUGCUGUUACAUAUUUCAAGAAACAAGGAUUUAACGAAAAAGAGAUUAAUGUACAUCCAGAUAGAUGGCUAGGAUGCAUCAAGGACUAUGAUUUUGUUACCCUUGUGCAUUGCAGAGUUUAUCCAGAUUUAGAUUACUUGAGAUUCCCGGCAGAUUUGUCAAAACAGUUCAAGGCAUUAGAUAAGAAGAUCGGUAUUCAUUCAAUUCCUUACCUUCCUGCUCUGGAUUCUCCUUGGCAGCCGCAUCAAUAUUCUCCUAAAAUGGAAAAUGUUUCCAUCCCUAAGAUAAUUAGCCAGACAAACCACAAAUUUACAAAUCCUCAGUUUCUUGAGUAUCUCAGCAAAUAUAACGAAACUAUGGAAAAUUAUCGCGCAAAAUUUAGAGCAAUCCUUGCAGAACUACAGAAAGAUGAAAACUAUUCAUCGAUGUUCCAAAAUCCAGUAACAGAAGAAAUUGCUCCGAAAUAUUUUGAUGAAAUUAAGUCACCAAUGGACUUUAGAACAAUACAGAACAGACUAGAUAAAUUCCCUGAUUAUUACAAAUCCCCGUUGCAGUUUGCAAAUGAUAUUUACGCAAUAUCUUAUAAUUGCAAGCACUACAACAAUAAUGACAGCAGUAUACAGCGUAUUGCUAAUGAUCUAUGGCGAAAACUUCGUCAGAUUUAUAAUGAACAAUUCCCGAAUUUGAAAAAUAUACCUGUGGUUCCUCCUCCAGCACCACCGCAACAAUAA